CAAGUGACGGUGUACUGUUAUUCGACCUCCUACCAUAAGAUCUACGAAGAGGUAGAAAAGCUAGUGAAUGACAAAAAUCUGCACGCUAUACAGCAAAUCGUUCUGCUUUAACCAUUGGGACACAUUCUUCAACUAACGAUCAUUCAACACAGAAAAAUCAACUUCAAAGCCAUCCAACUGAUCACAAUGGUCUCCGAUACUCUCACAGCAGAGCAAACCUACGCUCUAUUUGAUAUCUUGACCCACGAUGCUACCUACGAAGAGAUAGCCGGAUUGAAGUGGCCUGGUGCUAUUCAAACUUUUGGAAGCCCCAUUUCCGACGGAUCUGGGCCAAUUUCCUCGCCAAUUAUGCACAUGCUCCUAGAAAAAUUCGUUGUCGAGCUUCCCGGUCUAUCCACGCUUCCUCCGGCAUUCUGGCAACAGAGAGUGCAGGGCUUGCUGUUCAAGCUGGCAGGCUCAGAGCUCUCCGAAAGCUACGAUAAGGGAGCCUUGGGUACGAGGAAGACGGUCGCCACUGCCGCAUCCGCAUUUCUGGAAUCAGUCGUUCGCGGUUGUCUCGGCGGGUGUCCGAGGAAUUCGGCUGGCGACAAUUCGAACAACGGUGACCCGAGCCAUCUUGAGCAAGCUUGGGAUACAGUCAUUCAAGAUCUGGUGUAUGAGGACUUGGUCGAUGUCCUUUUUGACAAGGUGGCGGAAUCUGAUAGCCUCGAGCACCUCCCAUCUUCAGUCCAAGAUGCAGUCGAACAUGCUACCAUCGUAGGAGCAACCUUUCUCUAUCAUAUUUUCAUCCUCAAUCCUAGCGGACAAUACCUCAUCAACUUACUUAAUGGUGUCCACACGCUCAUUCCAUACGCCAUCAUGAAACAAACUCUCAAGAUCGGCAAUGCGGCCACCAUGAUAAAUGGAAUGAUGCAAAUUAUUCUAACGAAGCUCAGCAUGACGGCUUUGGCGAACUGGGCCGGGUUGAGCCAGAAAGUUGACGAUGGUAGCAAUUUGCUGCAGACAAUCAUCAGCACCAUAUUUUCAUGGGAUAAGACCUCGUUUCGCAAGUCAAUGGAGAAAAUCGAAAAAAGUAAGGGAGGUCUUAGCAAACAACAACUAGACGCUAUGAAGUGGUACUCCAAACAACCCCGACAGACGCACGAAGAGAUUAGGGCUCUCAGCAUCAAGCGAAAGAAAUCCAUUGCUGCUGUCAUCGUGGAUUCUGUCAACCCAAACCUUUCGCGUUACAUGUCUGAGCCUCAGCAUACACAGGCUCUCAAGUAUCAUGCUGAUUUUCUCUCCAUCCACGAUCGCGAGGAGAUCGUAAACGUGCUCUGCCGCCAACACCCUGAUCUCCUGACCCAAGCCAUCCGCGAGGUGGUGGCUGCUUAUGACCCAAUUAUUCGGUCUGUUCACAACGGCGUGGAUCUCGGUGACGGUCUCACAGACUUGCAGGCUUUUCUGAGCGACUUGAUCAAGAUUACACAGCCCAAGCCAGCUGGAGCCAAGAAUUCAGAGGACUUUCCCUCAGUGCAAGCCUAUAUCGAUCUGCUCCACAAACACAUACCGCGCUCCGUACAUUUCCUCCACCUUAUCGCCAAGAACUGUCCUGACGUUAGAGAAGCAUUCCGACAGUACGCCAAGAGAGCUCUCAGUGCAUUUCGCCAGUCCGAACCGGCCGACAAGGCUUCUCCCAAUGAUGGUGGCAGCGGCGGAGCGGCAGGCACGAUGACUCCCGCCUUGCAGAAGAUUUACUCCCAACUUACGCCUGCUGAAAUGGCCCCAGUUGGAGCAGCACUGGAUGCACACGCCUCAUAUCUUGCCUCUCUGCGGGCGUUAUCUAUACAAAAUCGAACACAAAAUCGAACACAAAAUGCGGCAUUGUAUGGGUGUGUCCCCUAUAUCGCGAGGUGGAAUGCGUUGCUGGAUGAGACCUUGCUCACGCCAGCCACGGUCGACGGACCUGUUCGCCGCGGACAAGACGUUAAGAAUAUGGAUUCAAAUGAUGAUGGAAUGGGCAUAGAUGUCGCUCAGCAGCGACGAGCAAUGGCUGAGAUGUCGAGCCGGCCGGAUGUAGAUGUUGUACUCAAGGCAUUUGGACCGAAGUUUACGGCUGUUUUGCAGGAGAUGGAGGCUAGUACUAUGAAGUAA